AUGUUUGUCCACCUCAGUAAACGUAUUGCUAUGCCUAACGAUACUCCAGUGACAAAAUGUGUUUGGAAUGCUGUUGAUGGCUAUGUGGCUGCUGGUGGCGCUGAUGGACUUGUGAAAGUUUUAAAAUUAGAUUUACCCGAGGCUGGCGAUGCUCGAAUUCGUGGACUCGCAGGCCAAGCACAGUUAACAAAAAAUCAAUCGCUCGAUGGCCACUCAGGAAGUAUAUCGAGCUUAGCAUGGAAUGAGCAAUAUAGUAAACUAACUACUGCGGAUUCGAACGGAACAAUAAUCGUUUGGAUUGAUGGUACUUCAGGAGAAUUUAUACAAGAUAUGUUAAACAAUCGAAACAAAAGUCGUGUACGUGAUAUGAAAUGGAAUUCAAACGGACAAAUGAUUUGUAUCGGACAUGAAGAUGGAAAUAUUAUCGUUGGAUCAGUCGAAGGAACGCGAAUUGCCGGUAAAGAAUUAAAAAAUCAAAAAUUAACAAAAGUUGAGUGGUCACCCGAUAGUCGUUUAUUAUUAUUUGGUUUCGCCAACGGUGAAAUUCACAUCUAUGAUUCAAAAUUAAAUUACUUAUCACACUUGCAAAUAUUUUGUUUACGUGAGGGAACAUCAAAUACAACCACGGAACUAGCCGGGGUUGAUUGGUAUGAUGGAAAAAAUGGUCUAUUGAGUACUAUAAGCAAAUGUUUGAUAAUUUGCUAUGAAAAUGGUCAAAUGCAAUUAAUGUCAUCGGAAGAUGAUCCGGCACCAAUCAUCAUGGAUAUAGAUAUGCACGUUUCGUGUAUAAAAUGGAAUGAUGAUGGAUCGGUAUUUGCCGUUGCAGGUUCUCAGGCAGCCGGAGAUAAGACACAUAAUUUUGUACACUUUUAUAAUCCAUGGGGAGAGCAUCUAAAAACAUUGAAAGUUGCGGGAAAAAAUAUAUCCGAUUGUACAUGGGAAGCAAGUUCAUUGCGUAUGGUUAUCGCUAUUGAUAGUUUUCUAUAUUUUGCUAAUGUUAGAUAUCGUUCAUCAUCAGCUACAACACCACAAACUCCUAACGAUUCCUAUAUUAUUUCUAUAUGCAAUUCAAUUGGUGUUACAAUUGAAUCAAAAUAUGUUCCGUUUCAACCUUAUCAUAUCACUAUGACGCCAAGUUAUGCUAUUAUUGCUGCGAGAUCAAUGUUUUUUGUGUGGGGUUUUACUGGUUUAACCGGCAUGAAUAUGAUGAAAAAGCAAGCAUUCGAAAAAUUUAUACACAUGGAUGACCCAUCUGUGACAAAACAAGGCGAAGAACUUCAAAUGAAUAUGUUAUCUAAUUUGGAAGAAACUGAAGAUCCAAUUACGUCUAUUGCAGCGUCAGAUAAAUGGAUAUUUGUGGCAAAAUUAUCUGGUCUAGUUUUACGAUAUUCAUUACCUGCUUGUAAUCUAGUCGAAAAAAUUGAAUGUCAAUUUCAUAUAUGUAAAAUUGCCUUAAAUUCAUUGGGAACAUUAAUGGCUACUAUCGAUACAAAUGGAAAUUGUAUGUUAAUCGAUAUGGAAACAAAAGAACAACGUGAUGAUAUAACAAAUUUUAAAAAAAGUGAUGUUUGGAAUGUUGUAUGGGCUACAGAUUUACCGGAUUGUUUCGCUGUACUUGAAAAAACAAAAUUAUCGUGUGUACGUGGUACAGAAGCUGAGGAAGCUGUCCCAUGUUCAGGAUACAUUUGUGAAUAUUCUAAUCUUCAAGUAAAAGUGGUAAUGUUAGAUGAAAUAAUGAAAAUGCAUGCAAAAGGUGUUCAAGCACCAUCGAUCGACUAUAUUUCUACUUAUGAUACCAGACUUCUUCGAGAUAUAAAAGAAUCAUGUGAAAAAUUGCCGUUAGAUCAAGUCAGUAGUCUAAUAGAAAAAGAUCCACAUCCACAACUUUGGCGUCAACUAGCGGAAGAGGCAUUAAAUCAUUUGGAUAUUAAAACUGCUGAACAUGCAUUUGUCAAAUUACAUGAUUAUUAUGGACUUCAGUUUUUAAGACGAUUGCAACAAUUUCAGGGAGAACAACUCAAAAGAGCAGAAAUAGCGGCAUUCUAUAAACGAUAUGAUGACGUGGAAACAAUUUAUCAUGAUAUUGAUCGAAAAGAUUUGGCUUAUCAACUUCGACGUAAAUUAGGCGACUGGUUUCGUGUUGUACAAAUAUUACAAGCUGGUGGCACGGCUACAGUUGGUAGCGAUACAAUGCAAUCAGAAGCAUGGAAUGAACUUGGUGAUUUUUAUUUCGAUCGUCAGCAAUGGGUUACUGCAAGUAAAUACUAUGAACAAAGUCGAAAUAAUUCUCAAGUAUUCAAAUGUUAUUCAAUGGCCGAAGAUUAUACAUCGUUAGAAAAAUUAAGUCAAUCUCUACAAGAAAAUGAUGCAUUAUUAAUGCCAAUCGCUGAUACAUUUGCUAGUGUUGGAUUGUGUGAACAAGCGGUUGAUGCUUAUAAACGUUGUAAUCGUGUACAAGAAGCGUUAAAGGUAUGCAUUAGUCUGAGUCAAUGGGAUGAAGGUAUUCAAUUGGCAAAACAAUAUAAUCUGAAUGAUGUUAAAAAUUUACUAACAAAACAAGCAAAACAAUUGUUAGAUCAAAGCAAACCAUUUGAUGCCAUUGAAUUAUAUAAAAAAUCAGCAAGCUAUUUAGAAGCAGCAAAAAUUAUGUUUGAGAUUGCUAAUAAACACAGCAAAGAAAAUCGUCCAUUAUUAUUGAAAAAGAAAUUGUAUGUUUUGUGUGGUUUAUUAAUUGAAAAAUAUCAUAAUUCAAUGAAAACAACAUCCAGAAAAGAAAAACGAGUAACAACGUCUGUAUCGGCAGCGGAAGCACUUCAAGGAUUAUUGAGUGAAGAGACAACAGCAUCUGGUGUUUCAGAUACACAAUUGCUUGAUAAUGCUUGGAGACCGGCUGAAGCUUAUCAUUACUAUAUAUUAGCACAACGACAAUUUAAAGCAAAUAAUGCCGAAGGUGCAUUAAGAUCGGCAUUAGCUUUAACAGAAUAUGAAGACAUACUACCAGUACAAUGUAUCUAUAAUUUAAUAGCUUUAUGUGCCACGGCCUGUGGUGCAUUUUCAACGGCGAGUAAAGCAUUUUUGAAACUAGAAGAUCAUCCAUCGAUUAGUGAAGACGAUCGUAAAGAAUAUCAAAAAUUAGCAUUUCAAAUAUUUUUAAAGUAA